AUGCAAUAACCCCUCCUGACGCCGCUGCCACGAGUCACAAUCAUCAUCACCACCACCACCACCAUACCACGAGCGAGCGCCACCGAGCGCCUUGCCCAUUUCAGUUCCAUCUCUCCCACUCUGUUCCAUCACCAGUCCCGCUCCCAAUCCACCAAAAUGCAUCCCCCAAGUCCCAACCGGCUCCUCUCGAGCCUAGUCGCCUUCUGCGCCCUGACCGGUGCUGCCCACGCCUCCAAUGACGAAUCCUCCUCCGCGUCGCCCUCCCCAUCAACAACAGCCACCACAACCUCCACCGUAACACCCUGCGUCGCCACCUCCACCAACGGUGCCUUCUACGACCUCCGCCCCGACAUCGCCGUUGUUCCCGAAAAGGGCGUCAAGCUCGCCCGGGGUACGCACACCCAAGACUACCAAGCCCGCGGUUACGAUUACGGAUACAACAUCACGCUCAACAUAUGCGCCCCUGUCGUGAAGGGCGUCGAGGAUGUCGUGGGAUUGACGAGCGAGGCAUGGACCAAGGUCGGUGCCUGGUAUGAAAAGGGUGGAAAGGUAUACAGCCUAGGGCAGGAGUCGGGAGCAUUGAAGCCGAGAGGAAGGAAGCUGGUGUUGCAGUAUACAGGAGGGUCGCCGUGUGGACCACCAGAUGACGACCAGGACGACAAACGGAAACGAAGCACCGGUGUCCACCAAGGCGCUGCGUACAGCAAAUACUCGGACGACCAAGACGAAGAUCGUGAUGACGACCAGACCGACUCCGACUCCGACAAGCGGAAACACAGCAACGCAUCCAAAAAGAAAAUCCGCCGCAAGUCCGCAACCAUCUCCUUCCUCUGCGACCGCUCCCCCGACACUUCCACCGCCGUCUCCUUCGUUGGCACCGACCCCGACGAAUGCUCCUACUUUUUCGAGGUCCGCUCGCAACACGCCUGUGCCGGAGCCGAGCCACAUAAACCGGGGUCCGUGGGUCCCGGAGGAGUCUUUGCCAUCAUCUUCUUCAUUGCAUUGGCGGUGUACGUCAUUGGUGGUAUUUUCUACCAACGCACCGUCGUGAAGCAAAGAGGGUGGAGGCAGUUGCCCAACUAUACCCUAUGGGCCGGCAUCUGGAGCUUUCUCAAGGACAUCUUUGUCAUCCUCACUUCGUCCUGCGCUCGCUUCUUGCCCCUUCGCCGCGGGUACCGGUCGUUGAACACGUCGUCUCGUGGCCGAUACGGUAACAAUGACGACGAGAAUCGGUUGAUUGAUCAGCUUGAUGAGGAGUGGGACGAUUGAUUUCAACCGAGUCGCGGUAGUAGAAGUGGGAUAGGUAUGCUUGUGGCUCGUUUCUUCCACGUUCUUGUCUUUCGGAGUAUCUGUUCUUCCAAUGCUUCUCUUCUGCUCGAGGCUGGUCCUUUCUUCGUCUGGCCGCUUUGUCUAUCCACAGCAUCAUUGGACCGGUGUCCGGUGUUCGGUGGUAUCGGGAGACCCAUGAAGCUCUUGGCACUUGAGGCACAGCGGA